GGCCACUCCGAUCUGUCGCCGCUCGUGCCCGCUCGAUUAAGGGCUAUGAUUAAGGGACGUUUGCGCACUCCCGAGACACCAGGAAAUAUGGCGGCGCUCAUGAGUCUGAGUCAGUUAUCAAGUGGAAACCCAGCCUAUGAAAAUUAUUACAGACAGCUGGACCCGGGAAACACAGGCAAAAUAUCGGCUGGAGAUGCAGCUCAGUUCCUUAAGAAGUCAGGGCUGUCAGAUAGCACAUUGGGAAAGAUUUGGGAUUUGGCAGAUUCAGAAGCAAAAGGCUAUUUGGACAGACGGGGUUUCUUCAUUGCUCUGAGACUUGUGGCCUCAGCACAGGGGGGAAAUGAUAUCAGCCUUAACAACCUCAACCAAAACUUAGCUGCACCCAAAUUUAAAGACACUAACAGCCCGUUAUUAAGUGUUUCAACGACGGUACCUGACUCCCAGUGGGCAAUUAGGUCUGAUGAAAAAGGGAAGUUUGAGGGCAUUUUUGAGAGUCUGUCCCCUGUAAAUGGUCUCCUCUCCGGUGAUAAAGUCAGGCCAGUUUUGAUAAACUCCAAGCUACCUCUGGAUGCUUUAGGAAAGAUUUGGGACCUAAGUGAUGUGGACAAAGAUGGACACUUGGACAAAGAUGAAUUCACAGUGGCCUUGCAUCUUGUGUAUCGCGCCAUGGAGAAGGAGCCUGUCCCAACUACCUUACCCACUUCCCUCAUCCCCCCGUCUAAAAGGAAGAAGUUGGCCGGAACACUGCCAGGUGCUGUGGCUGUGCUGCCUUCUCUGUCUGGGUUUAUGGCUGGCCCAGCUCCUCUAAAAGAAUCACUGCGAAGCACUCCUCCUCCGGCCAGUGCUACUCUCUUCAGCACCAGUACUGUCAACUUCUCUCCUAAACACUCCUUUAAAUCCAGCUCACCGCCAGUGGUGAACUGGGUGGUACCGGUGGCUGACAGGGAGCUAUAUGAUGAGAUCUUCAAGAAAACCGACAGCGACAAUGACGGCCUGGUUAAUGGAACUGAGGUCAUAGAGAUCUUCAUGCAGUCCAGUCUCUCCCAGACAAUGCUGGCACAGAUAUGGGGACUCGCUGACACUAAACAGACGGGCAAGCUGACCCGGGAGCAGUUCUCUCUGGCCAUGUACCUAAUCCAGCAGAAGGUCACUAAAGGCACAGACCCGCCCUCCGCUCUAACCCCAGACAUGAUACCCCCAUCAGAAAGGACUGCAGCCUCAUCGGCGGUUCCUAGCUGUGUGGGGCUUAUGCCAGCUGUGAGACCUGAGCUUGUUGCAGUAGCUUAUAUGCGCAGAGACAGCGGCAGCUCCACGGGGUCUGGCGAGCUGACGGGCAUCAAAGAGCUGGAUGACCUCGGCCAGGAAAUAGCUCAGCUGCAAAAAGAGAAAUUCAUUUUGGAGCAAGAGAUCAGGGAAAAGGAAGAAACCAUCAGACAGCAAAAUAGUGAAGUUCAGGACAUGCAGAAUGGAUUGGACAGGGAGAGCUGCAGCCUGAAGGACCUAGAGUCACAGAAGCAAGAUGCCCAGGAACGUCUGGAUGAGAUGGACCAGCAGCACUCCAAGCUGGAGGGAAUGCUCAAUGACGUCAAGCAGAAGUGUCAGGAAGAGUCCCAAAGGAUCUCAUCUCUGCAGAGCCAGAUCCAGUCUCAGGAGACUGACCUCCACAGCCAGGAGGAAGAGCUGAGCCGCACCAAGACAGACCUGAGCCGGCUUCAGGAGGAGGAGGCCCUGCUUGAGCAAAGUCUGCUCACUGGUCGGGUCCAGCUGGACAGCAUUACCAAAUCGCUCAAAACCACUCAGGAAGAGAUCAACCAGGCACGCAGUAAGCUGUCGCUGAUCCAAGACAGCCAAAAGGAGAUGACCAAGACCAUUGAGCAGUACAACAGCGCUUUGAGCGACAUCAACGGAGGAAACUUCAGCAACCUGCCGGAUUUAAGUGAAGGGUUUGCUGAGAAGGAGAAUGGAGGUUUCAGAAGUGUGGAUGACUCUUUCAAGUCAAAGAUAGCCAUGUUCAACAACAGCAGUGCUAAGGAGCCUCCAGCGGACCCCUUCCAGACAGAGGACCCCUUCAAGUCCGAUCCCUUUCUAGAUCCAUUUGGAGGAGAUCCUUUCAAAGAAAGCGACCCCUUCAAAGGCAACUUAACUGAAGAUUUCUUUCAGAGAACGGACAAGUCUAACCUGUUUGGAUCGUCGGACCCCUUCAGUAGAAAACCCACACCACCAGCCAAGCCAAACGCCCUCACAGCUAACAGCCCAAAACCAGAUGUGUUUGGGACAGUGAGCCCCUUUGGAAGCGACUCUUUUGGAAACAAGGGUGGUGGAUUUGCCGACUUUAGUCAGAUGUCAAAGAAGUUGGACAACCCCGUUCCCCCAUCAAAGAAGAAUGUGCCUAACCGUCCUGCACCCCCCUAUGGAUCUGAAUUUGUCAAGUUUGGAAGUGAGAGCCAGAAGCUGGAGUGGGUCAAGCAGGAGAGCAAGCGUGAGGAGCAGGAGAGGCUGCGGAGGCUGCAGCUCCAGGAGCAGCAGGACCUGGAACUGGCCCUCGCUCUCAGCAGGGCCGAUAUGCCCAGCAUCUGAUCAGCCAUGUCCUACCACAUCUUUUUGUCUUCUUGCUUCUGCCUUACAGUCUUCUGUCCGCGGGCACAAGACAACAGCACCAACACUGACUUGCAGCCCCUGUUACCAAUUUGUGUAAUGGACCAGUGUGUCUCUAGCCAUGACUGGAUUUGAGUCAAACAACUCCACAUUUAGCAGCCAGUUAUGGUUCAUUGCUCCCAAACUACAUGACAACUAUAAUCAAGGACAAUACGGAGCCACUUGAUUUAAGCCUGGCUUCAUCCUGCAAGAACAUAGGGAUUUAACGCAACCCGAACCAGCAGGGUACUCCACUACAACCGACUUCUAGCUCCAUAUUUUGUGAUGGCUAAUCACCCUGCCUUACCCAAAAGCCUUUCUGUUGGAAGUACAAAUUAACUUGUUUUAUUUAUAUGCAAAUGCAUGAGUCUGUGGUGUAUGAAGUAUGUGUUUAAUGCACUGUAUAAACUGUUUUAUAUAACCUUUAAUUAAUAUUAGAAAAAAGAAAAGAAAUUUGUAUGGAAAGUCAAACCAGAUAUGCCAACUACUCUGUUGGCCUUAUGAUUGAGUUUGUCCCAUUUUAAUUUUUUUUUUUUUUUUUUCUUUUUAAAGAAACUUCUUUAUAUACUGUAAAUAUUAGUUAGAUGAGGGUUUUAUGUGCAAGCACUGGAACAAAAACAAAGCUUAGUGAUCAGAUUGUCCAUUGCGUGCUUUUGGUUUUUAUUUUAAUGUUACAACUGUUUCUUACCAUUUAUGGCUGCUUAUGAAAUAUUUAUGGCCUUGAAGUACAAGGAGUAUUGAAGAAAUAUUUUAAACCCUCAAAUGGGAUCUAUAUGUCAAAGUAGAAAUAUGUUUGGGAAUCCCUGCCACGCAUUUCAGUCCUAACAUAGCUUUGGUUGAAUACGAUGAAGCCCCAUAUUAGUGGUCGCAUCUUGCAAUUACAAUAUUUAAGAUGCUAAUAAUAAUCAUUGAGGUCUUCCUUUUUUCUUUUCUUUUUAAACACAAUUCAGUCCACUUGCAGCGCUGUUGAACCAUCCCUCUUAUAGCAACAGCUUGGGCUUGUCAGAUUGUUUAUCAUUGCCUUGUUGUUACGUCCAAACAACUUGCACUCCCACACAACUUUAAGCCUCUAUAAAAUGGAAGUUGUAUGAACCUACACUGUUAAUACUGGUGCUGUUUUAUGUUUUUUACUCAUUCACACUACCAUUGAUCCACAGUGACAUCUGCUUCCAAUUUUUUUGCUUUUCUCUCAAAAUUCAAAGUAACCGAUUGAUCUGUCUUUUUCUGGGAAGUGUUUCUGUUCAUUCUUAUAAUCCAUUUGGGCAACAUUUGUUAAAAUGACUUAAAAUAUUGCAAUCUUGUAAUUAUAUUACACUAAUCAGGUUUAUUUGGCACAUAAUGUAUGCACUGUAUAUUUCAGAGCUUACUGAACAUGUACAGAGUGAAAAUGCCUUAUUUAUCAACAUAUCAACAUGUAAUGUUGCACAGUAUGUAUGUGGUUAUAAAAAUCUCU